AUAACUCCCCACAUAUACAUUUUGCAUUCAAACAACUGAUCAAUCGAAAGAUGGAAGGCAAAACUGUGAUUUUAAGUGUGCUCAUAGUGAGUCUUGUCAUGGCACAGAUUCAAGUUGAAGGAAAGAGUUGUUGCCCUAACACGAGUGCUAGAAGCUGCUACAAUUUAUGCAUUAUUGCUGAAGCAGUCCUAAAUCCACCCUCCAUCUGUACACAAAUCUGUGGAUGCAAAUUUGUAUCGGGAAAAUGUCCUCCAGGAUAUCCACAUGACAUUCUCGAAAACUCUGGUGAUGCUGUCAAUGAAUACUGCAAAUUAGGUUGUGCAUCCUCUGUGUGUGGUGCCUUAACCACUCUCCAGAACUCCGAUGCAAGUGAAAUUGUGAAUGGAGCAGCUGUACAAUGCACCAAGGCAUGUUCUGAGUUCUGUACCAAGGGCUCAUCCAAUGCAAUUGAAACUGCUUAAGAAGCAUAUAUCCACGAUCUAUGUUUUCAAUAAUUGUCGUUGUAUAUGACAAAAAAAUGCUAGAAUCUUGAGUAAGCUUCUACUAUUUCCAAGUUUUCUAUGUGACAUAGAAAAAAGUCAUUGAUCCCUAG